AUGUCUACAACACCCGCAGUAAAAAACUCGAACCUCAACAAUUCCAAUAACACCAACAUCAUCAUCAAACCUGUUAAUUCCUCGCAAGCACAAAACCAACAAGACAAUAUGCCACGUAACAUUGGAAAACAAGAGGGUUCUUUUAUCGCUCCAUUACCAAUCACUCAAAAUAUUCACUAUGAUCAUCGUCGUAUGUUUACGACAGCACCUCGACGAAUGGAAUCUGCAUGA